UGCUCAGCGGAGCCUACUGAAUAGAGGCCUGACUUUUAUCCCCACAAAGGGCUACAACAAAAAUUUACAAUUACAAUGCAAAUAUGACAUUCAGCAGUACCAUAGGAGGAUCAAAUUGGCUGCCUUUUAUGGGGAUAAAGAGGAGACUCAAUCUCAGCCCUUCACUCCAAAAUCAUACUGGUCCCCGCCCAAUGCUCAGCUCCCACCCCAAAUUCUUACUUUGAUCAAAACAGAUAAUGAAUAUUUUCAAAACCACUUUCAUGUAGACAGAGUUAAACCCAAUUUGACAGUAGAAGAGACAAAAGCUCUAACAGAAUUAAAACAAAACAAGCAAAUUAUUAUAAAACCGGCAGACAAAGGAAGCGCAGUUGUAAUUUUGGACAGGGACCAGUAUUUGGAGGAAGGCUACAGACAAUUAAACGACAAAACAUAUUAUUUAAAAUUAAAAAAACCCAUUUACCACGAAACAAUUCCAAUGGUGGAAAAAAUCAUUAACAACUUACACCAAAAGAAAUUUAUAAACCUAAAACAAAAGAACUAUUUGCUGGGCUCCGCUGAACCAAGGGGAAGGCUCUUUUAUAUGCUGCCUAAGAUCCACAAGGAUCCGGCAAAAUGGAGUGUCCCCUUUCAGGUGCCCCCAGGACGACCAAUCGUCUCAGACUGUGAUAGUGAGACUUACUAUACAGCUGAGUACUUGGAUUAUUUCCUGACUCCUUUAUCCACAAAACAUGCGAGCUAUAUUAAAGAUACAUAUGAUUUUGUGGAUAAAGUGAAGCAAAUAGAAGUCCCCAUUGAUUCUUUUCUGUUUUCCAUAGAUAUUGACAGCCUUUACACAAACAUUGACAUUGGUGAAGGCAUUGACUCCAUUAAGAGAGUCUUUCAAAGAUACCCGGAUAAGAAAAGGCCAGAAAAAGAAUUACUACAACUUUUAGAAAUAAAUCUCACAAGGAACGACUUUGAAUUCAAUGGUGACUUCUAUUUACAAAUCAAGGGGACAGCCAUGGGGAAAAAGUUUGCCCCAGCAUAUGCAAAUAUCUUCAUGGCAGAGUGGGAGACUGCUGCGUUAGAUAAAUGCACCAAGAAGCCUCUGUAUUAUUAUCGCUUCCUGGAUGACAUAUGGGGUGUCUGGCCACAUUCUGAGCAGGAUUUUGAGAUGUUUCUUAAGACCUUAAAUGACCACAAUGCCUCUAUUAAGCUUAAGUCGACCAUUAGUAAGACCUCUAUUGAUUUUCUGGACACGACCACCUUCAAGGGCCCAAAUUUCAUUAAUGACCGUAAAUUGGAUAUAAAGGUCUUUUUCAAACCCACGGACACUCAUGCCCUGCUAUUUAAAACCAGCUUUCAUCCUAAACACACAUUUGCGGGAAUAGUCAAAUCCCAACUGUUAAGGUUCCACAAAAUUUGUACACAAAAGUCUGAUUUUGGAGCGGCUGUUAAGACCCUGUUCUCUGCUCUCUCCACUAGGGGGUACUGUUGGUCCUUCCUAAGGAGGUGCUUUAAGUCCUUUCUGCAUACAAAACCAAUUGAUGUUUCCCCUCUGCUUCCAGUGGUCAUUACAUAUGCUCCUUGCACCUGCAAACUAGUCAGGGCUAUUAAGAACAAUUUCCAGAGUCUGGCUCAGAAUGUACAGACACUUCACAACCACAGGGUAAUUGCUGCCUUCAGGAGACAUAAGAAUCUAGGUGAUCUCCUCAUCAGAGCCCAAAUCUCGCCUCCCUCUGUGCCUAGGCGCAGAGAUCAGGGGCAAUUUUUCCAGCAUCGCAGGUUGGUGCGCAGCCAUUCCAAUGGUGAUGUUUUUCUGUCAUUGUGCAAAGGAACCCCGAGGUCCAAAAAUUGUGUAUAUCUGAUUACAUGUAAGAGGUGUGGAAUGCAGUAUGUGGGAGAAACAGGAAACACGCUGCUGACUAGAUUCACUCAACACAGUGACGGCCAUCCAGGUUAACUCGAGAUGGACAACGCAGCAGAGGAGGAGAGCUGAGAGGAUGUGGAUGGCCAAACUGGAUACAGUUUAUCCAAAGGGCCUGAAUGAAAAGGGUUUCAGGAGAAAUUGAUCCCACGGUUUGUAUAUAGUUAAUGUUUCAUUGCUCUUAAUUGUCAUCAUUAUUAUUGUUAUUAUUGUCACUUGCACUGGGUAUCUCAGCUCCUUUCAUGACUCACUGGGGGACAUCCUGCCCCUGAAGCUGACCCUAACCCUAACCUCAGUGACCCCUGUAAUAAACUGGACUCCGGCCCUAACCUUAACCACUCUGCUUUCUGAACACAAAAUCCAAUUCCGGACCUAACCUUAACCACUCGGACACCUAGUGGGAGAGGAGGACUGGGCAUACCCCCACCCCUGUGAUGGGCCCUAACCUUAACCUCCCCCCUCUCCUCUUUACCCCUCCUCCCCUCACCCCUCACUUCUUCAACCCCAUCCAUGGGACCCCGCCUGGAGCUUCGCUGGGGGUCUCUGGAGACCUGAGAUGGGCGCAGGUAUGGUCUGUGCACCGGAGCCCGGCCCCCCUUCAGGGGACCGUGCUCCCAAACUCGA